UUAUUAAUUAAUGUUUAUUAAUCGGUCUAUGAUUUCAAAGUUUAUUCAGGUGGUCGUGUCACAUAGAAAUUUGAUAUGUUGGUUUACUGCAGGGAUUCUAGGGGGAAAAGAAAUAAAACGAACGUGAUAUAUUGACGAUUCAUAGAAAUAACCAACUUAAUUGGAUGAUUUAAUUUUGUAUCAUAAUGAAAUAAAAUUAAUUUGAUAUGUUGAUUAUUGGAAGAAAAAACAAUUACAAAGUUAAACGGAUACUUUAACUCAUAUUAUAAAAUCUAAUAUGCUAACAUUUUAAGACGCCAUUUAGAUAUGUUCAUUCUAGUCAUUAUUUUAAUUGUGCAAACUGUAGAUGCCAGAUUCGCUGGUAAAAUCUACCCGAGCAGGUGCCUUGGCUCUGAACCUUUCAUGUUGCUACACAAAAAGUCGCCACAAGACUGUCAGAUAGAAUGUGCGGAGAGGCAACAUUGUCUGGCCGUGAGUUAUCAAAGGAACCCACAAUUGUGUCGUUUGUAUGACGUUUUGACAAGUCUGUCGCGAUGUGCAGGAUACGUCGUCAUCUUAAAAAGUGACUUUUUGACGGACAAUAUAAACGUUUGCUCCGGAUCUUGCCCAGUAACAGACUGUAACCAUAUUCCCUCUAUCAAUAACGCGGAGACGUUUGGUAACUUGUUGCAUGUGGGAAGUGUGGUGAAAGUCAAAUGUUCAGAUGACGGGAGCGAAAGUUACAUCGAAUGUCAGCCAAAUGGACAAUGGACACAGCAGCCAACUUGUUCAGCCACCGUAAUCUCUUGUGGAACCCCUGUAAGUGUUGCAAAUUCCGUUGAGAGUUACAGUUCAACAUUUGUUGGCUCUGUCACAUCAUAUACUUGUGUGUCUGGCUAUACAGCAUCGCCAAUAAGUGCCAGCAUGUCAGUCACGUGCCUUGCCAACGGACAGUGGGAAACUAUCGGUUUAACCUGUGAACAAGUAGACUGUGGUACACCAUUAACCGUCGCGAAUUCACAAAGAACAUAUACUUCAACUACUGUGGGAUCUGUCGUUACAUACACGUGUAAUUCUGGUUACACAAGUUCACCGACUACUGCAGCAAUGUCAUUCACUUGUCUUGACACCGGGCAGUGGGAAUCAAUCACUUUCGCUUGUCAACAAGUAGAUUGUGGUACACCAUCUAUCGUAGCAAAUUCACAAAGAACAUUUACGUCAACAACCCCAGGAUCUAUCGUCACUUACACGUGUAAUUCUGGUUACACAAGUUUACCGACUUCUGCAGCAAUGUCAUUUACUUGUCUUGACACCGGGCAGUGGGAAUCAAUCAGUUUCACUUGUCAACAAGUAGAUUGUGGUUCACCAUCUACCAUUGCAAAUUCACAAAGAACAUUUACGUCAACAACCCCAGGAUCUAUUGUCACGUACACGUGUAAUUCUGGUUACACAAGUUCGCCGACUACUGCAGCAAUGUCAUUUACUUGUCUUGACACCGGGCAGUGGGAAUCAAUCAGUUUCGCUUGUCAACAAGUAGAUUGUGGUACACCAUCUAUCGUAGCAAAUUCACAAAGAACAUUUACGACAACAACUCUAGGAUCUAUCGUCACGUACACGUGUAAUUCUGGUUACACAAGUUCGCCGACUACUGCAGCAAUGUCAUUUACUUGUCUUGCCACCGGACAGUGGGAAUCAAUCAGUUUCACCUGUCAACAAGUAGACUGUGGUACACCAUCUACCGCCGCAAAUUCGCAAAGAACAUUUACUUCAACAACCCCGGGAUCUAUCGUCACGUACACGUGUAAUUCUGGUUACACAAGUUCGCCGACUACUGCAGCAAUGUCACUUUCUUGUCUUGGCAACGGGCAGUGGGAAUCAAUCAGUUUCACUUGUCAACAAGUAGAUUGUGGUACACCAUCUACAGUCGCAAAUUCACAAAGAACAUUUACUUCAACAACCCCAGGAUCUAUCGUCACGUACACGUGUAAUUCCGGUUACACAAGUUCGCCGACUACUGCAGCAAUGUCACUUACUUGUUUUGCCAGCGGGCAGUGGGAAUCAAUCAGCUUCACUUGUCAACAAGUAGACUGUGGUACACCAUCUACCGUCGCAAAUUCACAAAGAACAUACACAACAACAACUGCAGGGUCUACAGUUACAUUUACCUGCAAUUCUGGUUAUAACCCUUCCCCGGCUAGUGCAACAACGUCGUUUAUUUGUCUAAACUCUGGACAGUGGGAAGCUAUCAGUUUUUCGUGUGUAAUAGAUUGCGGCAUUCCGCCAACAAUAGCUAAUGGCCAAAGUACAUAUACCACGACAAAUGCAGGUUCUUCAGCUGCAUACAACUGUAACUCUGGUCACGUGGGUUUACCGGCAAGUGCCGCAAUGUCUAUCACUUGUCAGCAGUCGGGGGACUGGGAGACAGUCAGUUUCACUUGUACAGCGUCUGUACCAGUGGGCAGUAGUUGUUCCCAGGAUUCUGAUUGUGUAGACCCAGCGGCUAGGUGUCUUGAUACCGGGUAUUGGUCCGCAGGAAAGCGGUGCUUCUGUAAACCAUUAUACGAGUUCAACCAAUCGCAGGCUGUUUGUACAAAGGUCUGUAAUAGCUACACAUCAUUAGAAAAGUACAGUGGUGAGUAUUUCCGAGAACAUAAUGUCGGCGACAGUGGUGGUGAUCGUCUGACAGAAGCCGAGUGUCUACAGUUCUGCGAGGAUAACUACGCAGACAGCUACCUAUCCGUCGACCAUUGGCAUGCCAGAAACUCUGGCACAAACUGUUACUGUGGGAGCAUGACGCGCCAGCAGGCGCUCGACGCGAGCCCGGACUUACAUAGAGUCAAUUCUAAUUUCAAUAUGUUUACCAAAUCGUGCGCUUGAUUCAUAGCCAAUCGAGAGGUUGCUAGUCUGAUACUUGUACGUGUAGCACAUCUUCAUACAUAAGAAACAAGUCUGCUAACACUCACUAAAUUAGAUAUUCACGUUCAAAACUUACAUGCUGAGGGCCAGGAAGACCUACCAGACAUUCCCCUAGACAUUUUUCAUUGACCAGUAUCAAACAAUGGUAGGACUAACUGAGUGGAAAUAAAAUAUUUCCACCUAGAAACAAUUUUUUGAGCUAUAUAUGAUUUUACCGUUUCCAUGGUAACCCUUCAUUAAUUGUAUAGACGAUAAAUCCUCCAUAUUUUAGUCAGUUUGGUGACUAACCAAAUACAAAUGGUAACAAAAUGGAACUUAGACAUAUUAAGUCUUCUAUUUGCAGUAUUUUUAUGUUAAUGAACUAUUUUGCAUAUUCAUCAACAUUAAUGAGAAUGUUACAAAAUGAUAAAAAAACUGAUAGAAGUGUUAAAUCAAAACUUAUAUAUAAUCUGGUCUUAAAGACGCCCAGUCUUUUUUAAAAUACUACAUUUGUGUUUUGUUACCCUGAAGGUAAACAGUUUACUCUACAUGUUUAGCUUAUUUGCAUCAAAACCAAUACCUCAGGAAACAAGAUACGACUGAGGAAAGUCUGCCAGUGAAAACACGAAACCACGAUGGUGAUAAAUGCGAAAUGAUAUCGCGUUUUCAUCAUUGUGGAUUCGUGAUUUCGACUUUCAUCAUUGUAGUUUCGUUUUCGCCAUCGUGAUUUUGACUUUCACGAUCGCGGUUUCGACUUUCAUCGUCGUAGUCUAGUGAUUUCGACUUUCGAGGAAUGGAGUUCUGGAAUAUUAAAUGACGUCACGUUAACGUGCGAUGACGUCGGGCUACGCCCUCUUAUAAUUAUUCCGCGGAUGUAUAACCUCUUUUAUUAAUAACGUUAAAACACGGGAUUUCUAUGUAUACAUUAUUUCUUAAGGGGACGCAUACCUUGAAAUUAGAAAAAAAGUGGGUUGGGUAUGAUAAAACUUGAUUUACCUGCAAAAAAGUACAAAGUUUUGGUACAUGAAAUGGAUACUGUUUCAACUGUUAUAAGUACACAAAGGAUUGCUCACUAAAAUAAAAAUGAGAAAAACUGAAACAAGAAAGUUAUUGUUGAAUUACAUAAGACUCAUUGUGUACAUUCAAAGUCAACAAUUAAUAUUUUUUGUGCGAAAAUAAUAGUGCUUUACCUUGUCCAAACAUUUAUCAAUCUCCUACAGAUUGUAGUUUAAAGAAAAAAAGUGAAAUAAGUUCACUGCCUUGCUUUUCAUUUUGCAUAUGUAAGCUAAAACACAUUAUUUAGUUUGUUUACAAAGUAGUGCAUAAGAAAAGAUAUGGUGGUCAAGGAAUGCCACAUUCCAAAACUAAAAGAAUAUAUUCCCCUUAAUACAUUAAACAUUUAUUGUUACAGAAAUCGAGUGGCUUACAAUAAGGGCCUAGAAAUGUUUCCAUUAUUAAUUUUCAACUUGUUAUUCAUGAACUACAACGCACUUAAAUAUCAAAACACAUUGAACAAACUUUUGAAAAUGUAUUGUCUUAAAAAUCCCUAAAAUAAGGUAUGAAAUUGGGUUGAGAGGUCCAAUCAAUGUGUAUAUGUGCAAAAGUAACAUUCUAAUCUUGUUACUUACUAAUACACAGCAGGAAUGUCAAUGAUCAAAACUGGACGAAUAUACAGUUAUCCUCACUUUAAUGUCAUUUAUAAUUUGUCCUUGAAUUCUCCACCAUA